AUGAAUGCUACAAAUGCAAGUCAUUGUCCUUCUCCCAUGACGGCUACGUCAAACGGGGUGUUCCAGGGUGAUAAUCCUUUGGAUUAUGCACUCCCGCUCGCCAUCCUUCAGAUAUGCCUUGUGGUUGUCCUCACUCGCAUUCUUGCUUUUCUUCUAAGGCCUUUACGGCAGCCUCGUGUCAUCGCCGAGAUUGUUGGAGGAAUAUUACUCGGCCCAUCAGCUCUUGGUAGAAACAAAAAGUAUCUGAAUGCAAUCUUCCCAUCUAGAAGCCUUACGGUGUUGGAUACUUUGGCCAAUCUUGGUCUACUCUUCUUUCUAUUUCUUGUCGGCUUAGAGUUGGAUCCAAAAUCACUCCGCCAAACGGGAAAGAAAGCUCUUUAUGUAGCUCUUGCAGGGAUUAGCCUUCCUUUUAUAUUAGGAAUAGGAACAUCAUUCGCCCUUCGUGCAACUGUUUCAAAGGGUGCAAAUGAAGCUCCAUUUCUUGUAUUCAUGGGGGUUGCUCUUUCGAUUACUGCCUUCCCUGUCUUAGCCCGUAUUUUGGCUGAAUUAAAGCUUUUAACUACAGAUAUUGGCCGAAUGGCAAUGUCAGCUGCGGCUGUGAAUGAUGUGGCCGCGUGGAUUCUGCUAGCUCUUGCCAUUGCCUUAUCAGGAACCGGCCAUUCUCCCCUUGUAUCAUUGUGGGUUUUCUUGUGUGGUUCUGGAUUUGUCCUUUGCUGCAUACUAAUUGUCCCUCCUAUAUUCAAAUGGAUGGCACAGCGUUGCCCUCAGGGUGAACCAGUGGAUGAAUUGUAUGUAUGUGCAACUUUGGCUGCUGUUUUGGCAGCAGGUUUUGUUACUGACACAAUUGGAAUUCAUGCCCUCUUCGGUGCAUUUAUAAUUGGAGUUCUUAUCCCCAAACAAGGCCCAUUUGCUGGUGCCCUUGUAGAAAAAGUUGAAGAUCUAGUUUCUGGCCUCUUCCUUCCUCUGUAUUUUGUCUCCAGUGGAUUGAAGACAAACGUAGCCACAAUUCAAGGGGCUCAAUCUUGGGGCCUCCUUGUUCUAGUGAUUGCUACAGCAUGUUUUGGAAAGAUAGCUGGCACUGUUUCCGUUUCCCUUAUGUGCAAGGUGCCUUUCACGGAGGCUCUAGCCCUUGGGUUCCUGAUGAACACUAAAGGCUUGGUAGAGCUCAUUGUUCUGAACAUCGGUAAAGACAGAAAGGUAUUGAAUGAUCAAACAUUUGCAAUCAUGGUUUUGAUGGCCGUCUUUACAACUGUUAUAACUACUCCCCUUGUGAUGGCAGUAUAUAAGCCAGCAAAAAGAAAGGGUAAAGGUAAUCACAAAUACAAAACAAUUGAGAGGAAAGACACAAAUAGUCAGCUUCGAAUAUUGGCCUGCUUCCACAGUACAAGAAGCAUUCCCACUCUGAUUAAUCUCAUUGAGGCUUCACGGGGAACCGAGAAAAAGGAAGGACUAUGUGUCUACGCAAUGCACCUCAUGGAGCUCUCAGAAAGGCCAUCCGCUAUACUAAUGGUCCACAAGGCAAGAAAGAAUGGGCUACCCUUCUGGAAUAAAGGGAAACAGUCUGAUAGUGAUCAAGUUGUUGUUGCUUUUGAGACUUUCGGGCAACUAAGCAGAGUGUCUGUCCGCCCAAUGACUGCAAUCUCAGCAAUGUCUACCUUGCAUGAGGAUAUCUGCGCUAGUGCUGAAAGAAAAAGGGCAGCCAUGAUAAUUCUCCCGUUUCACAUGCACCAGAGGGUGGAUGGGGCAUUUGAGGCGACUCGAACUGAGUAUCGUUGGGUCAAUAAGCGGGUUCUCGAGCAAGCACCAUGCUCAGUGGGCAUCUUAGUUGAUCGCGGUCUUGGUGGAACCACCCAUAUAUCAGCAAGCAAUGUUUCUUCCAAUAUAACAGCCCUGUUCUUUGGGGGACAUGAUGAUCGUGAAGCCCUUGCUUAUGGUGCACGUAUGGCAGAGCACCCUGGCAUCAGUCUAACUGUUAUUUGCUUCAUACAGGGCCCUGAGGUUUCGAGUGAGAUCGUCAGAGCUGAUAUAAACACAAGCUUCAAUGCUUCAGGAGGAUCAGCUGAUGAACGGUUUCUGCUGGAAUUUAAGAAGAAAAUCUCAAAUGACAGCUCAAUAAGUUAUGAAGAAAGAGACGUAAAAAAUUCUACAGAAACCAUUGAAGUAAUUCGAGAAUUCAACCGAUGCAAUCUUUUCGUGGUUGGUCGAAUGCCUGAGAGUCAGAUGACUGCAAAAUUGAAUGCUAAGAGUGACUGCCCUGAACUAGGGCCAGUAGGCAGCUUCUUGACUUCCCCUGAAUUCUCAACUUCAGCAUCUGUUUUGGUGGUACAACAGUAUAGAAUUACAAAGCAAUCAUCUCCUCCUUCAGUGACUUCUACAAAAGUUACAGAGACACCCGAAGAGGAUCUAGAAAAUGCAUGAUCAUUCAUCAACUUUGCUCUGCCUUGGAUAGUUGGAUGUUCAGAAUCACAAUCAGUUUACAACCGUGAUCUUUAAAAUUAAAUAGAAUAAUUGUAUCUUACUUUCAUGCAUGAUAUCCGUAAUUUCUUAAAAUAUGACAAAAGGAUUUACAAUUGUCAACAAAGAAUCUAGUUCACUUCGUAUAGAAUAUAAUGUGGGAAUUCUUUACUGUUGCUCUCCAAGUUUCACCCCUAAGCUGCUGGUAUGCAUAGUUUGGAAAACCAACACUUGUUAGAUAUACAUUUAAUGAUCAUCAUCUUUCUUUUGGAGUUUUUUCCCCAACAAAGGUAUUUUAUAAUCUUAUUUCGUUAAAUGGUGUGCUUUUGACUUUAUUCCAAAAGCGUAUAGUGUUGUACAGUUAAAUCCAUGUCAGCAAAAAAAUUACACAUCACUCUUCUUUCUCCAAUCCCCCUCUUCUCUAACUCCCUGCGAGUUCGGUGAGUCUGACUCUCUUUCAUUUUUAUCUUUUGCCAAUAGCAAGGACAUUGGCUAAGAAUGAAAUAAUAGUCUCCAAAAAUGAAAUAUUGGGAAAGUAAAAUGAAAAAAAUCCAAAUACAAAACAAUUUAAGGUCACUCUUGAUUGUGA